AUGCCCGAACCUGCGUUCGGCAUCGAGCACACCGGCCAAGCCGGUGGCUCCUCCAAUAGCUGUAUUUCACCGCGCGUACGGUUUAUCUGGCGCCUGUUCCUUUUGCUCUCCCUGGUUGCUAUCGUCUACUCCAUCCCCAAGGACGUCAAGGUCGCCUUUCUGACAGUCCCGAAUCCCUAUACGGACGUCUGCAAGAUGUACAUGGACAGGUUCAUCACGGCUAUCCUCAUCUUUGUGGUCAACUUUUGCCUCCAAUGGGUCUACAGCCUCCCCCUCCGCCUCGCCGCCUGUGGCAUCCUCUACAUCGUGCUUCUCCGGACUGAGCGCUGUGUCGUGCGGCUCCUCUCCCCGCUCGUCAACGGUGUCCUUUCCCUCACCACCUUCCACCUCAAGAUGGUACCCGGGAAGCCGUACAAGCCCCGUCUACUUGACUACAUGGCCUUCAACCCUCUCCUCGCCUUCUUCGCCGCGUGCCACGCUGGCUUCUGGCUUGGGGAGGGAUGGCUCCCGUACCAGACCCUCGCCAUCGCCGUCACCGUUAUCUACAUGCUCUACACCAACAUGCCCGCCUCCCCUCCCUUCUCGCCGCUGCGCACCUGGCUCACUGGCUUCGUCUGCCUUGUGUUCGCAGCGUACAGGGCUGGUCUGCAGGCCGCCCUGACCUUCGACCUGCCCCCGCUGUUCAAGCAUGAGGAAAUCGUGAUCGUGUGGAGCAGGUACCCCCUCAUCUUCGUCUACCCCAAGGACGACGAGGUGCUCGUCGUCAUCGACUUUGUGCUCAGCCUCAGGACGCUGGCGCUUAUUGUCGGCGUUGUUUUGGCGUUCGCCGCCGCGUACCGCUUCAUGGUCACUGAGUUUGUCGUGCCGGCCGUUGUGUCGUGCGCGCGCCUGGUGCGCCAGAAGAUGCGCUCUAAGGAGGAGAAGACGAUGUUUGCUACUUGCAUGGCUAUCACUCCCCGUAAGGCCAUGGAGCUCCAGGUUGAGCAUCAGGUCGAGCAGAAGCAGGGGACGGACAUCGUCCGCUCCCUGUCUAUCUAUCCCUCGCCGAUCGGGCCCAUGAAUCAGACGGUCGUCACCACCGACAACGUCGAGGUUACCCUCACCGUCUACACCCGCCCCAUCGUCUACACCACUACGGCCGUCUACACCACCCCCGUCGUCUACCUCGCGCCUGUCACCUACCUCGCCGACGUUGCGUACACUGCCCCGGUCGUCUUCAAGGCGUCGGUCAUGUUCAGCGAGCAGGGUCGCGUGCUCUUCAUGGGCCCGGCCAUGCAGGUCGUGCCGCUGAUGGUGGAGGCGCCAAUGGAGAACGCGAACAUGGAGGCCGAGGAGCGGGUUCGUGAGAUCGCGGGCCCCGUCCUCGCGAACAACACGUCUACCAUUGAGGUCGUUAUGCGCAAGCGCAAGUCCAUGGACCUGCAGCCCGCCUUCGCGACGCUCAAGAUGCACAUCUUGCUCAUGCACCUGGCCGAGUUUAUCCCGGAGUCGGCUACUCGCGCCUCGGUCGAUCCCAAGACCGCCGUCUGCGACGAGUCUGCCUUGAAUGACAUGACCUUCAUGGUCGAGUCCGAGACGUCCUCCGAGGUCGACGAGGACGCUCCCGCCGCGGUUGAGCCAGUGACUUGUGCUUCGGCUGCGCAGGUCAUCUCCUUCAUGGUCGAGGACACGAUUCACGCAUCGGUCGAGCCGGAGGGCGUCAACACCGAGCAGGCUGAGCUAUCGAUCGACCCGCCUGACGUCGUCGUUGCCCCCCUCGAUGUGCCCGAAGCGCCAGCCGGCGCUCAUGCCGAUGAGCAGGUUAACGAGUGCACCGCCACGCCUGCCCUCGACGAGAUGCCCUCCGCUGCGCCCGUCUUCUCGGAAGCGAACGACGCCCCCGCCGAGGCAGCCGCCCACGUCGAAGAGCCUACCUACGUCGAGAAAAUCAGCCUCGUCGGGCCCACCACCGUGACGCCGAUCGUGGUCGAACAAUCAUCGAGCGAUGACAGCAGCGUCGGCGACGGAUGGAUUACCUCUAGCCCGACACCGUCCAGCCGGACAUCUUUGGCGGACGACGACCAGCCUGAUAAGGAACUUGCCGCGGACGACCUCAAUGAAGCAGCAGCUCAGGACCACGACUCUCGCGAGGGUGCCGCUGUAGCCAUAACUUAUGCGCGGUCAAAGAUCUCGGACUUCGACCGUGUUAAGGAAAGGCUCCGUGAACUGAAGUCGGAGGCGGAGACGGCGACGCGCAAGCCUCUGGCUGUGCGUCCGACGAUCAAGGCAGGCUUCCUUGGGCAUUUGACGAGCGCGGUGGCUCGUCCACCUGCGACGCAGUCAUCGCCGAGAAGGUUCACGGCGGCGGAGAAGGGCAAGGGCAGGGCUCAAGAGAUUCCGGAAGAUCCCUUCAUGGAAGAGUCUCUUGCGGACCAGCACACAGAGGAGCAUGUCGCCGAGGACUAUCCUGCCCAAGACGACUCUCUUGCCAACUCAGUGGCUGGACUCCCAAGCAUCGACUUCGGUGACGCCCCGGCCGACUGGGCUGAUGACACGGAGGCUUUCUACUUCAAGACGACUGGCCAGCCAAAGAUGACACUGCUCCCAGUGACGACGGUGUCGACGACGACGACAACGACGAUGACGACGGCCCUCCUCCCAUGGGUGGAUGUAUCCGUCUCCCCUCGACGCCUCCUCGCCAACGACCUGCAGCGCCUUCCCCGGAGUUUUCUCGUCGGGCAACACCGUCCCCUCCCGCGGCAGCCUACUCGUGAACACCAAGGACCAUCGUCAUAUGGUCACAACGAGACCAGGCACGGCGGUGGACCGAGCACUCCACGUCGACCCGCAAGGCAUCCACGUCAAGCGAAGGAUCGCGCAACGCGCUCGGCUGGGAUGAGGCCUCACAAGGCAGGCUCAGCCGAAGGAGCAGCCGACGGCGACUGGAAACGGGACGACCCUGAGUCUAGCAGUGGCCCUUCGACAUCGACCUCUAGACAUGCGCCGCAUACGCCCCCUCCUGCACGCCGCUUUGAGCGGGAAGACCGCGCGGGUGGCAGCAGCAAUCGGGACAUCACGUCGACGUCGAGGGCGGGUCCGUCCGGCUUGCAUGGCCUCCCACCAAGGCCCGCGUGGAUAGACAACGAUCAGCGACCUGACCGACGCGCGCCGCGAAACUAUACCUUGCAGGAUCGAACGGACGACGAGUUGCAUUCCGGUUUCGGCGGCAUGCGCUCAGAUGCACUCGACCACGAAGCCUCGCGCAGCGGGCCGUCAUCCUCUAGCCCGAGGUAUCCUCCAAGGCAUGGCCACCAGAACGGCACACCCAAUCCUCACCAUGGUCCUCGCGAUGAUCAAGCUCGCCGUCAGCCCAGGCAAGACGGCGCACCAUCGCAUGCGGAACCAGACGAAGCAAGACCGUUUGACGAGUCGAUGAUCAGAGCACAACGGUUCGAGAGCGAUCCGCAUCGCCGUGAGUUCGACUACCGUGUCUGCUUUUUGCCCCACUGCCCACUCGCCUUUUGCCGUCCCGUCAUGUCUGCUACCGUCCGUGCUUCGAUUGUCCCCAAGUCCUCUUCAAGCUUUCCGCGGACGCAAGACUGGGAACGCGCGCAUGCGCUUGGAGAAGGUGCCGUUCACAGAUCCGUUGAGGACGAGGACGACAUCGACAGCUCGGACGAGGACACGACGGACGGCCUGGCGGGAACGCCGGCAGUGCGGGCAGCAGACGCGGUGAGUCGUGUCGCUGCGACGGAUGGGGAGAUGUCUCGGUACCUUGCGGGCGCCGGGCUUGACGGCGCAGAGGGUUUGGGAAGGUGA